UCUACUGUUAGCAUCGAUAAAAGUACGCAGAUAAUUUAAUGAAAUUUUGAAGAGUCGCAACUUUCGACGAUACCAUCGUUUCGAUAUGUUUGGCAAGAAGAAAGAGCCAAAGGGACAGUCGAGGUCUGGAAAUCUUGCUCAGUAUGGAAUAUUCGAAGUACCCGAAAGUUUGGACGAUCUCGGAGGUGCAGGAGAAGACGAGGACGACGAGGAUUUGGAAGCCGAAUUGGCUGCUUUAACGAGCGGUGCUAGUACGUCGCUCGAACAAAAGCAUAAGGUUCGGAGGACGGAUUCUUCCGACUUAAACGCCAUGGUGUCCGAAAGCGUUAAGGACAUAGAAGAGGAUAUUUCUGACGGAGAGGACGAUCCAGAUUUACUGGAGGAACUCGAUAUGCUUACCGAACGAGAGUCGGCUUUGUCGGAUCAAGAGACGAACCAGGAAGCAAACGAUUCUGAGAAUAGUCCUCGUAAAGAACAUGACGCUCCUGUAGGAGACGAUAGGCUAAAGUUAUUACGGGAAAGGCUAGAACUUUAUCAAAAGGCCGAGAAGAAGGCGAAGCGAGGAAACGAAGCCGGUAAGGCCAGGAGAUUCGGUAGGGGUAUUAAGACGUUGCAACAGCUGUUAAAGGACGCUGAGAUGGGUACCGUUAUAAACGAGGCCGAUAUUCCACCUCCUUUACCUCCCUCGGCUAUCUCCGAAUUCACAGAGCGACCUACGGACGAUGCCGCGUCCCCCGAAGUACCGGUGGAAGAUCCUACGUCGCCGAGUCCCGAAGGGGACGUCGAUUCCGAACCUAGUCCUGCGGCACCAGUUGUUCAGGUCGAUCAGGAAGCAUUAGAUUUGUUAAACAAGCGACAGCAGGAAUAUAAAAUCGCUGCGCUUGCGUGGAAGAAGGCUGGUAACAUGCAAGAGGCUAUGAAGUGUGUAAAAGUUGCAAAACAAUUUGACAUAGUUAUCGCGGCGACUAAUGCCGGAGAAGCAAUCGAUUUAUCCGAUAUGCCAGCUACGCCAACCGGACCUUCUAUAUCGGCUUCCGUAUCACCUGCACCUUCUGCGUCGCCUUCCAUCGAGAAAGAAGACGUCGAGGUUCAACAACGUGCCGAGCCAGAUACACCGGCUCCAAAUAAAAUGGACGAAGUAACGGAACAACGGCAUGGAAUGGAAGACGUAGAAAGUGCCCUUAAAGAGCGUCUCGACGUAUAUAAGCGAACAAAAGCGAUUGCAGAGAACGAAGGGAAUUCUUCCAAAGUUCGAAGAUACGCUCGUAUUUGCAAGCAGUUCGAAGAAGCGAUUAAACUGCACGCACGUGGGAAGCCCGUGCCUCUGGACGAACUUCCUGUUCCACCGGGUUUUUCACCGCUUUCUACGGGUAUCCAGUCCAGCGUAUCGGAGGGACCGAAGGAAGACGAGAGAUCCAAACCGGAAUCCAAUUCGGAGGGAACGUCCGGGACAAAUGUGCCAAGUCCACCUCCGCGAACGAACAUGGCAGUACAUAAAAAUCAAAAGCACGCUACUACACGGGCGGAUAAACAGAUGGUGAUGUUGCAACAACGUCAAUACGAAUUGAAAGAGGCCGCGUUAAAAGCUAAGAAUGACGGAGAUUUGGACUUGGCACGCGAUUAUUUGAGACAAGCGAAGGGAAUACAGCCCUUGAUCCAAGCCAGCAUCGCCGGUCUACCGGUCGAUAUGAAUUCUAUACCCUUAUCGCCAGUUGCCAAAAUGGAACUCAGUGCGCACGGUUUAACCGGUCAAACGGACGAAAAUUUCCAAUUGAUUCACAGCGAAGAUUGUUUGGAGGAAUCCGGUGGCAGCGACGAACAAAUUUACGACAACUUGGAGAACCAGUUGAUCAAACAGAUAAAAUGGUGUCUUUCUACGAGAGAUCAUUCGAAACAAUUGGGAGACGUUCCAGGAUAUAACAGAUGGGAACGACUCGCAUUAGGAUAUACCAGGGAUUUGGACAUGUUACGCGUUAGAAGACGCGAUUCGUUACCGCCUCCGCUGCAUCACUACGAGACCAAAACAUAUGCGAUAGUUCAGAGUUGUACCGACUUGAACGAUAGCGAUAUUGAAAUUUCGAUAAUAAGAGGUAUCAAUUAUCCGCGAGACGCGGAUACUUACGUUAUGUUUGAGUUUCCCUAUCCUUCGGACAGUCCUCCUGCAGACAGAACAUCGACGGUCAAAGGUACAUGCAAUCCCGAGUACCAAGCUACGUUUCCGCUAACUGGAAUCCUGGAUCGCAACUCGCGGCAAUGUCAACGGGCAUUCAAACGACAUGCUCUCAAGUGUCAAGUUUGGGCGAAAGGAUGCUCGCUGAACCCCAUCCUGUGUUGCACUCAUCCAAGAGGAUUUUUCAGAAGCGACAGUUUGCUGGGUACCGUGACGGUAAAAUUGCAAUCGCUCGAGAUGCAAUGUAUUCUACACGAUUCGUUUCCAUUGAUGGAGGGGAGGAAGCCAACGGGAGGAAAGCUCGAGUUGAAGAUACGUCUUAGAAAUCCGAUUCUCACGAAACAGAUAGAACAAAUAACCGACAAAUGGUUGAUCAUCGACAACUGAUGCCUUCUCGAUUCGUCGGAGAGAAAUCGACGGAAUGCACUCGUAUUUGGUUCGGCAAGAUUGUGGUUUUUCUACGUAAAUGGUAGAACGCGUGGUUCUCUCAGCCAGCGAUAUUAUUUAUCUCGCAAGCGAACAUGUAAAUGUGUAAUUAUAAUCGAUUAUCUUACUCUCGUAGAUAGACGAAUACGUGUAUGUAGAUAAGCCACCCCUUUUUUUUAAGCCUAUCUAUUCCGUUAUAUUUCGCUUGUAUAUAUUAUAUUAUAAAUAUGUAUCGAAUGUACGCGUGUGAUAUAAGAAACGAUAAUGAAAAGUUUGCGAUUGCAUUAAAUUGCGUUUAUACGAAAAGAAUUGACAAAGUUGUAUGAAUAAACGAAUCUUUAUGUUACGUUUCUAUGGGAA